AUGUUUACAACCAGGAGCGAGUAUGACAGAGGCGUCAACACGUUUUCGCCUGAAGGCCGUUUGUUCCAGGUUGAAUACGCAUUGGGAGCCAUAAAGCUAGGAAGCACGGCUAUUGGCAUUCAGACAAAGGAUGGUGUUGUCUUGGCGUCGGAGCGGCGCAUCACUUCUUGUCUCCUGGAGCCCCAGUCAAUCCACAAAAUCGUUGAAGUCGAUUCGCACAUUGCAUGUGCAAUGAGUGGACUCAUUGCUGAUGCAAGGACGCUGAUAGACCAUGCCAGGGUGGAAUGCGCAAAUCACUUUUUUACGUAUAAUGAAAAAAUGUCCAUCAGGAGUUGUGUGGAUGCGGUGGCCGAUCUCGCCCUCGAUUUCUCCGACGUUGGCUCUGGACGGCGAAAAAAGACGAUGAGCAGACCUUUCGGCGUGGCACUGCUCGUCGCCGGAGUUGACAAGGACGGGCCGGCACUGUAUUGCGCCGAUCCAUCAGGAACCGUCACAAAGUAUCUGGCAGUGGCCAUGGGCUCAGCUCAAGAAGGCGCGGAAUCGAUGCUUCAGGAGCAGUACAAUCAAUCCAUGUCUCUUGAGGCUGCAGAGGACUUGGCCUUGGUAGUGCUGCGCCAAGUAAUGGAAGAGAAGCUUAAUUGCAACAACGUUGAGAUGGCCGCACUGAGAGUAGGGGAGGCCAAGUUCAAGCAGUACGGCGCAGACGACCUAAAGGAGAUUAUAGCGCGCUUGCCCGCCCCCACAAUCCCUACGGCCACAGAUCUUUCGGGCACAGCAUAG